AAAUUAUCAGAUUGGUAGACAUGUUAGAUUUAUUUAAUGUAUUUUGUGAACAUCUUAUAAAACGAAAUACAUCUCUAAUUUAAUUAAAAAUUGAAAUAGAUCAAGAAAAAAAAAAGAAGACGAAGAAGACUGAUAAAGUGAUUUGAUGUAAUGAGUAAUGUUAAUCAUGGAUUCGUUGCUGUACACGUGGGUGCAGGACAUCAUUCCGAUUCAACUAAAGACAAAUAUCAAAAAUUAUGCCGCGAUGCGUGUAGAGCAGGUAUACAAAAUAUUAAAUCCGGUGGUAGUGCAUUAGACGCAGUGGUUAAUGCUACAAUUGUGUUAGAAGAUUCACCUUUAACAAAUGCUGGAUUUGGUUCUAACCUUACAGUUAACGGAACAGUAGAAUGUGAUGCUAGUGUUAUGGACGGUACUAAUUUACAAUUUGGUGCAAUAGGUGCAGUUAGUGGUAUCAAAAAUCCUGUCUUCCUUGCAAAGCGUUUAUGCGAACAACAAUCAAAGAAAAUUGGAUAUGGAAGAAUUCCACCAAGUUUUUUGGUUGGACAUGGAGCACAUACAUGGGCACAAGAAAUGGGUAUACAAAUAUUAUCACCUGAACAGUUAAUAUCAAGAAAAGCAGAAAAAAUAUACAAAUAUUACAAAAGACAAGUGGAAAAUAGUGAUGAUGAAGUACAUAAGUAUGCUAAAAGACGACUGGAUACUGUGGGUGCAAUAUGUGUAGAUAAAAAUGGGAAUAUAGCAUCAGCUUGUUCUAGCGGUGGUAUCAUUCUUAAAUAUCCAGGAAGAGUAGGUCAAGCUGGUGUAUGGGGAUGUGGUACUUGGGCAUGUAAGGAUAAGUAUUCAGUUGGUACAAGUACAUCUGGUUGCGGAGAACAUCUUAUUCGUACUACACUUGCAAGAUCAAUAGCAGAAGCAAUUGUAAAUACAUCCUGUCCAACAACUAGCUUACAUCAAGCUAUGAAAACUAAUUUUAUAGAAUCUAGAUUCUUAGAUGGACUUGAAAAGAAAUUAGGUGGAGUUAUAGCAAUUCGAUAUUCACCGCAAGAAAAACUUGGCGAUUUUCUUUGGAGUUAUUCUACUAAUUCAAUGAUCAUAGGCUACAUGAAUUCUAAUGAACGGACAUCAAUAAGUCAUAUGUCAGUUUUACCUACACGUGAAGUUGGAAAAAAAGCAGUAGUCGAAGGCGUUUGUUUUCGAAUGUAAAAAAAAUCAAAAUUUUCAUUAGAGCAUAAGGACAUAUUUUAUUGAACAUAAAAUUUCUUAUCUGAUAAAGGAAAAAAAAAAAAAUAAAUAUGAAAAAACAAAUAUAUGAUAAUUUAUAAUAUUAUAUACGUAAGAAAUUUGUACUAUUGUUUGAAAAUACAUUUUAUAUAUAAAACCGAGCAAUUAAUAUUAAAGUAUAUUGUAUUUUGUAAAGCAUUGAUUAAUUUACAAAAAUAUUGUAUAUGCAAAGUAUAUACUUUGUAUAAUUAAUAAGAUAUAGUGCUGCCGUCUAUUUGUUGAGAGUGAACUAGAAGGCUGUUUUUGAAAGUUCCUAUUGGUUAUUGCUUUCAGAGUCUAAGAUGGCUGACAUCGACAUUACCGAUAAUGAGGUUUUUAUUAGUAAUAUUGUAAAAAUAUUAUAUAUAUAUACGUAUUAGUUUAUAUUUAUUUAUAUUUUAUAAAAAAUAGGGUCUCGAUGCGCAGCAACCUCCACGCGGUGAGACCUGGGCAAUCGAUAUUAUUUGCGACAAGAUGUAAUAUUUCUUCGACGUAAAUACUGUCGAGCUAAUCAGCUGCGUUUAA